AUGACCGCUGAUUCAAUCGCCGAUGCCUCUGCCGCUAGCGGCACCGAAGUUGGCUACCCCAAUGGCCAUCUUGGACACCUCAAGCCGGAAGAGCAGGAAGCGCUUAAGAGCUUCAAGACCAACCUGGCAGAAAAGGGAUAUUACAAGCCGGGGCCGCCGGCUUCGCAUGACGACCAGACACUGCUACGAUACUUGCGCGCCCGGAGAUGGAACGUGGUUGAUGCGUUUAAGCAAUUCAAGGAGACGGAGGAUUGGCGCAAGGCGAACGACCUCAACGUUUUGUACGACACCAUCGACUUGGAGGCGUACGAGGCCAGCAGACGGUUGUACCCCCAAUGGACGGGCAGAAGAGAUAGGAGAGGCAUCCCCCUUUACCUCUUCGAGAUCCGCCACCUCGACUCCAAGACCGUCUCGGCCUACGAAAAAGCCGCCGAAACGAACCCCUCCAAGGCCGUCACUGACGGCCAGACCUCUCCCAAGCUCCUGCGCCUCUUCGCUUUGUACGAGAACCUGACCCGCUUCGCCCAACCCUUGUGCACCGAGCUCCCCGACCGCCCGCACGCCACCACCACACCCAUCACUUUGUCCACCAACAUUGUCGACGUCUCGGGCGUUUCGCUCCGCCAGUUCUGGAACCUCAAGUCGCACAUGCAAGCGGCCUCGCAGCUGGCCACAGCACAUUACCCGGAAACCUUGGACCGUAUCUUCAUCAUCGGCGCGCCUUACUUUUUCAGUACGGUGUGGGGCUGGAUCAAGCGCUGGUUCGACCCUAUCACCGUGUCCAAGAUUUUCAUCCUUGGGCCCUCGGAGGUCAAGGCUACGCUGGAGGAGUUUAUCGACCCGAAGAAUAUCCCCAAGCAGUACGGUGGUGAGCUCGACUUUACGUGGGGUGAUCAACCGAAAACGGAUCCCUACAUCAAGGAGACGGUGAAGUGGGAGAACGGACUAAAGGACUUUCCCGAGGGGCCCAAGUACUGGAGGCCGACGGCUGAUGGGACAAGAGUGGAGUGUGUCGCGGUGGGGAGUGAGGGGGGCAAGCAGAGGAUGCUUAGUGUGGGGACUCUUGAGAGAGUUUGCAAUGUGAAGAAGGUGGAUGGGGACGCUUUGGCCGAGGGGGUCAAGGGCUUGAGCGUUGGCGAUGCUGAGAAGAAUGAGGUUGUUGAGACGGGGAAGGAGGCUACGGUUCCUGUGGUCUCGGCUUAAGGUUCGCGUUUUAAUAAGAGUGGGAAUUCUUUUUCUCAAGUGGUGAGCCUUUGAGCGGUUGGGGAUUUUUGGUUAUAUACAGAGAUACCUUGGAAAUUUCUCUUCUCAGCUUUGGCUAGCUCUACCAAGUCCGGGGCUUUUGUGUACCUCUGGUUGGAAAACAUACACAACUUGUACAAACAAGCAUAAUAUACAGUAUAAAGCGGGUUCAUAGCUCGGCACAUCUGCAAAUUCUUAAGCACGGAUAGAUCUCG